AUGGCGAAUACGGAGAAUUUAGAUGCGAAGAUAGAGCAAUUGCUGAACGUUGAGAAACAGAUGCGGCUCGCCGGUGAAAUCGUCGGCACCAGAAAAGCUGCAAUUGAUAUUUUGCAACUCUGCUUCGAAGCGAAAGCAUGGAAAACCCUAAAUGAUCAGAUUGUCGUUUUGUCCAAACGGCGCGGUCAGCUUAAGCAGGCUGUAACAGCUAUGGUCCAGCAGGCUAUGCAAUAUAUUGAUGAGACACCAGAUAUUGAAACACGUAUAGAACUUAUCAAAACAUUGAAUAGUGUAUCUGCAGGAAAGAUCUAUGUUGAGAUUGAGAGAGCUCGGUUGGUCAAGAAACUUGCCAAGAUUAAGGAAGAACAAGGGCUUAUAGCCGAGGCUGCUGAUUUGAUGCAAGAAAUUGCGGUGGAAACUUUUGGUGCCAUGGCAAAAACUGAGAAAAUUGCCUUCAUUCUUGAACAAGUUCGAUUGUGCCUAGAUCGUCAGGAUUAUGUCCGUGCACAAAUACUCUCAAGAAAGAUUAGUCCAAGAGUAUUCGAUAUAGAUGCAUCUAAGGAAAAGAAAAAGCCUAAAGAAGGCGAUAAUAUGGUUGAAGAGGCUCCUGUAGACAUUCCAUCUCUACUGGAGUUGAAGCGGAUUUAUUAUGAACUAAUGAUUAGGUAUUAUUCCCACAACAAUGAAUAUCUUGAAAUUUGCCGUUGCUACAAGGCCAUAUAUGAGAUUCCAUCUGUCAAAGAAAAUCCUGCUGAGUUUAUUCCUAUCCUGAGGAAAAUAUGUUGGUUCUUGGUUCUUGCACCACAUGAACCAAUGCAGUCGAGUCUUCUUAAUUCCACAUUGGAUGAUAGGAAUCUUUCUGAGAUUCCAAACUUCAAGCUACUUUUGAAGAAUGUGGUAACCAUGGAAGUCAUCCAAUGGACAGCUCUUUGGGAUACAUAUAAGAACGAGUUUGACAGUGAGAUGGUCUCUGGAAACUUUUUGAGUGAAAAAGCAGCAGAAGAUCUGAAACAAAGAAUUAUUGAACAUAAUAUUCUCGUUGUAUCAAAAUACUAUGCAAGGAUUACUUUGAAGAGACUUGCACAGCUUUUGUGUCUCAGCCUAGAGGAAGCUGAGAAGCAUCUCUCAGAAAUGGUGGUGUCGAAAGCUCUGGUUGCAAAGAUUGAUAGACCAAUGGGAAUAGUUUGUUUCCAAACAGCAAAGGAUAGCAACGAUAUUCUUAAUUCAUGGGCAGCAAAUUUAGAGAAAUUGCUUGAUCUUGUUGAGAAGAGCUGUCAUCAAAUACACAAGGAAACCAUGGUCCAUAAAGCAGUUUUAAAGGUUUAA